AUGUUUAACUCUAGUUAAUAUUGUAUAUUUGAUGGCCACUAAAAUAGUUAGAUAUAGGGAGUUUGUCUAAAUGCUUCAUGCUAAAAUAAAAGACCAUAUUGCCAUCAUUGCAGAUUAUAACAUCAUUCAUAACAUGUAAAUGAUCUUAAAAAUUUCGAAUAACUUAAUGAUUUUUCAAUUUAAUUAGCUAAAGUCUUUGAGGAAAUUCAAAAUAAAUUCUUUGCAAUCUAAAAAUGUUUAUAAACACUAAAUGACUAAUUAAAAGAACUAUAUGUAAAUCCUAAAACCAACUUUAAUGAAUUUAAUUUAACUGAUUUGGAAAAAUUAGUCUUCAAAUUGUUAAGUUUAAAUUAAUUAUCAAAUUCAGCUUUACUCUAAAAUCUGAAUGAUUUCAACAAAAGAUUAAGUUUUUUUAAUAAAGAAGGUCUUAAUCAAAUAAAAGCAAAUCAAUCAGGAGUGUUAUCUACCAUUAAAUCAGAUAUAAACUAAAUAUCAAAUAGUAUUUCUGCUAAUUCAAUAACUUUAAAUCCUGUUGAUCAAAACAUUUUCCAUUUUUCUGAAUAGCUUACAUUCAAAGGCAUUUCAAUCUAGGAAAAUGGAAAGAAAGCUGUUUGUACAGGUUUAGAAUGGGGUUUUGCAAUGUGUGAGCCAGUAAUUCUAAAAAAAGGAACAUCUAGAUUUGUUUUUUAAGUUUGUCACAGCAAUAUAUGUAAUCUUUAUGUUGGAGUAUGUCAUAAGGAUAAAAUUAUUUAAUCAAAUUAUUCUCCAAAUUCAUUUUAAAAAAUUGGUCAUGGAGCUUAUCUAAUAUUUAGUACGGGACUUAUACUCUCUCAUUUGUAGAGUGAAAUUAAUUAUUAAUUUAAAGGAUUCUCGUAUUCGAAUAACGAUAUAAUUAUUAUGGAAGUUGACAUGAAUUAAUAGUAAAUUGUAUUCACUCAUCAGUAAAAGCAGUAAUAAAUAGUAAAUUAAUAUUAUAUAUCUUUAGACUAUGAAAUUAGAUGUAUCUUAAGAUUUAUAUCCAUAUGCAGAGUUAUGUUUUGGUUCAUCAGUUUAAAUCCUUUAGAUUUGA